AUGCCGCCGUCAUUACCAUGUGAGUGGGAUAACGACUUCUGGGCCGACGAACGCUCAUUCCCCUUAGAUGCCGCCGAUGUCGAGUCGCCGCUCAAGCCAGAGGAGCUGCAGGUUCUGCGCGCGCAGUACGAGAAGGAGGGCGAAUACGUUGGUCUGCAGACGAAGUUCAACUACGCAUGGGGUCUGAUCAAAUCCACCUCCCGUCCCGACCAACAGGAAGGAGUGCGCCUCCUCUCAGAGAUCUUCCGCAACUCGCGCGAGCGCCGGCGCGAAUGCCUCUACUACCUCGCCCUCGGCAACUACAAGCUCGGCAACUAUGCUGAAGCCCGACGGUACAACGAGCUGCUGCUGGAGUUGGAGCCCGCAAACCUCCAGGCCGGAAGCUUGAAGGGUCUCAUCGACGAAAAGGUGGCAAAGGAGGGGCUUGUGGGCGCCGCUAUUGUGGGAGGAAUCGUGGUCGCGGCGGGCGUGGUGGGGAGCCUCUUGCUGAGGGGUGGCCCUCGAAGAUCGUGA